GACGCGUUUGGGAACUAUUCGAACUCCGCAAUUAUCUUUUUACCAUGUUCGCAACGUACAGACAGUCCAUCACUCUGUUUUCGGUGUUUCGUACCCUUCAGCGGCGGACAAUAUGCUCCAGCCAUGUACGAUGCAACAAGCAGACUCAUCCGAUGAAACAGAACCCCGCAAAACAGAAAGCAGAAAAAGAUAUGCUUCACGAACUUGAAUUGGAGGACUUUCGUCCAGCGUGGGUCUACACAGGGACGAAGCUCCUCACUUACCUUGUCGUUCCGGCUAUAGCCCUCUACGGUGUCUUCAUCUAUGAUUUUGGCGAUCAAGAACAUGUGUUCCAGCCACCUCGUCGAUGGCUUCUGCGUCAAAAAGAGUCCUUUUUCACGCUAACUCCCGAAGAACAAAAGUUAAUCAAGUCUGCUGAAAAUUCGCCAUUCUCCAAACCUCCGCCAUAAUGAUCAGACAGUGUUGUCAUCAGAUUUCUAUGAUUUUCAAAUAAACACACCCAAAGCCUCCGCGAGAAGCAGAAGUAUAGUAAAUACAUGCUUUUAGUCGAUCACUAAGUACAACAAAGAGCUAGGAAUAUCAACGACGGUGGAUAUCAUG